AGCUGAGACUUUGAGAGGAGGAAGAAGUUUUGUCCGGGAUCCGACAAGCCGCAAUAUCGCUCUGUCUCCGCGUCCUUCACCUUGUUCUGCAGCCUAUAAAACAGUCAUUUUCUCCCAACACGGACACUUGUUAGGAUCGUCGCUUCCUCUCCGCUGUUCCGUGUUUCUGAGGAGCCUUGUCGCAAAGGAAAAUGAGCUUUUUAUUCGGAAGCCGGUCGUCUAAGACUUUCAAGCCGAAGAAGAACAUUCCGGAAGGUUCCCACCAGUACGAGUUGCUGAAGCAUGCAGAAGCCACACUGGGCAGCGGUAAUCUGCGUAUGGCUGUCAUGCUCCCCGAAGGGGAGGACCUCAACGAGUGGGUAGCUGUCAACACUGUAGAUUUCUUCAACCAGAUUAACAUGCUGUAUGGCACCAUCACUGACUUCUGUACAGAGGAGAGCUGCCCUGUUAUGUCUGCAGGACCCAAAUAUGAGUACCAUUGGGCUGAUGGAACCAAUAUAAAAAAACCAAUAAAGUGUUCAGCCCCAAAGUAUAUUGACUAUUUAAUGACAUGGGUGCAGGAUCAGCUUGACGAUGAGACUCUCUUCCCAUCAAAGAUAGGUGUUCCGUUUCCGAAGAACUUCAUGUCAGUGGCAAAGACCAUCCUGAAGCGCCUCUUCCGUGUUUAUGCCCACAUAUACCACCAACACUUUGAUGCCGUUAUUCAGCUGCAGGAGGAGGCUCAUCUGAACACCUCUUUCAAGCAUUUUAUCUUCUUUGUUCAGGAGUUUAACCUGAUAGACAGAAAAGAGCUGGUCCCACUACAGGAGCUGAUUGAAAAGCUGACCUCAAAGGACAGAUAAGCAAAGACAACUCUUCAUUUGCCUGACAGAUCUCUUCUGGUCCCACUUUAAUUUUGUACAGGCUUUAGUCUUUGUGCUACACUACGUUGCAACAUUGGGGUACUUUACUUAGAAUGGUCGGAGCAGGGUGGGUUGCAGAGCGUUAGCAGGCCUUAUGUUCAAGAUGCGACUUGUUAGCCUUUUACAUAGGUGGCUGGAUGCUUUCGAUUUUCGCCAUGAUUCCCUAAAAGCCCUAAACCCCUUAAAGAGAAAUGGAAAACCAAGUGCCUAAUAUGGUUCACCUUAACACUGUAACAGACCCACUAAGAAUAAAGUAUGUCCACAGAUUAUUCGGAAGGCUCGUGCUUAAGACAUUUAUCAUUUUUUUCAACAUAUAUUUAAUACACUAAGAGGUGAUACUGCACUUUUGGUCUAAGGGGGUCCUUUUUUAAUUAUCGUAAAGCAUUUCAGCUUUGCUUAAAGGGCACAUGUGUAUUCAAAUGAAAUUAAAGUACUUUAUAUUACAGCAGCUAUCCACAGAUCAGAUUCUCGUACUGUGUGCAACAUAGUUUGAAAGGACUGUAAAUGUCAUAUUUAAGACUUAAUUACCAUCUACAGCUUUUCUUAUCUUUAAGUCUCUGUGGACACAUCAUCUGUCCUUAAUAUUUAAAUAUAUUUGUUUGUUUAAAACCUUGCUACUCAUUUUAAUAUUAGUUUUUAUUUAAUAGAGCCAUUUUACAGUAAAACCAAUAUGUAUGAGGAUAGUUUAAAUUAGUGACCAGAAGAAAAAUAGCAGCUUGCUGCUCACGUGGGCUGAUGGCCUUGUAGCUGCUUAAGGUUUACUGCAUGUGUUUAUUUGGCCUAAGAAUUUAUAGUCUGAAGAGAGCAUUUGUACUACAGGACAGUUUAUUUGUACAUAACACACUAUGUUUCCCAGUUUUCAAGUAGUUUCUUAGGGGUGGCUGUUUUUUUUUCUCCCUUGGAUGAAAGUACUUUCUGGUUUACUGAAACCAAAAUAUUUUUGCACAAAACCUCAAGAAGCAUGUUUAACACUUCACAGAAUCCCAGUUUGGUUUUUUUUUCCCUCAUUUUUAUUGAAUUGAUAUAUAAAUAGACUAUUAUAGCACAAUUCGAACCACAGAAGAAUGUCAGUAAGUGUUUGUGUUUUAAUCCAGAUUUUCAUUUUGCCGCAGAUUAAUUCCAGCAAUUGACUCAGGGCAGUUAAAGGAAAAAAUGCCCAAACUUAUAAAACUAUGCAGCAUCAAGAAUCACUUCUUUAAAAGUACAAAAUCCCUAGCAUUUAGCAGUGGUGUGUUGAGCAUGUGGAAUCUCUUGCCUAGCCGAUGUCCAGAAUGCGGUAACGUGCGGUAUGUCGUCAGUCCCGUGUCUGUGUCCAGCGUGAAGCAGAACCCAUACUUCAGCGCCUCCCCGCUCAGGAUCGAACCUUAUUUCCAAGUGCCAGACUAGCAGACUUGCAUGCCCAAUCUGUUGUAUCAGCACAGUGUUGUCUCACAGCGCUAGAACUGUCCUGCUAGGUUGUCAUUGGUGGGAUGUUCUGGCUGCUGAGGGAUGUCCAAAUUUUAAAAAAGCUCAGUUACUAUGCAAUUUCCUCAUAACCCUGUGGUUUGUUUCUUUGUUGACCAAUCUGUCAAUUUUUUUUUUCUUUCUUUCAUCAAUCCACAAACAAGUAUAAAAAUGUGAAACAUACUUCAUGAAUUGUGAUCUAUGGCAAUACUGCAUGCAUAUUACAUUUUUACAAAAACCUGCUCCGCAAACUGUGAAGCUGAUUUGGUAGGAUAUUAAAAUGUUUCAAAAGUCAUUACUGAUUGUAUGAAUUUUUAACCAUUAGAAAUCCUUUAGUUUGUUUUGAUAUUUGUGAUUUGCACUGUUUGAAUAUAAUUAGUUUCUCAGAUGUUUUCUUUUCCAUUAAACUGACAUAUUUUGUGAUAAAACAUUGUUUAUAGAAACAUUAAGUUUUGAGUCCAGUUAUUUAAAAUGUUAAUUUUAAGAGAUGUAUUUUUCACCUCCCCUCCAAUAUUGAUGUUUUCAGGAAUGUGACAGUAUAACCUUGAAGGUCACAGCAGCUCAUGCAGUGUGCUUUAUGGUAUUGUAAAAUCACAGUGCCAACUGUUGUAAUUAGGCAAGAUUUGUAGGUUAUAUUAGUUCCCUUUCAACACUACUAAAUAUAUUUUUUGGUUGUAAUGUACAACCACAUUUUGAUGAGAAUGUUGUAAAUAAUCUGUACAAAUGUGGUAUGCACUGGGAUGGAGGAUAUUAGUUACAGGAUUUUUGUGGUAAAAUACUGAAUGCCAUUUAUAAGGAUAAUAAAGGUUUGUUUGACCAAA